GCUGCAUCUGAGCUGUAUUUCAAGCAGGUCGUAUGGUAUGAAUUGAGGUGGGAUUUUUGAAAGCCAGGAUGUUUAUUCGCAUUUAAGAGGACUGAGAAAGCAGGGAAGAGGAGCCCUGCAUGCCACUGACUGUGCUGGCCACGCCACCUGCCGUCUUUCCAGAGAGACGUCUUCCACGACCUUGGCAGGGGAAUCCUGGACAGCGCUUGGCAAGGGUAUAAUGCAACCCUCCUAGCCUACGGCCAAACUGGCUCCGGGAAAAGCUAUUCCAUGAUUGGGUUUGGUGCAAACAAGGGUAUUAUUCCAACUGUGUGUGAGGAGCUCUUUCAAGCAAUUGAGAACCAGGGGAGACAUCAAGAACACCAGAUAAGAGAUUUACUGUCCAGAACCAAAAAACCCGGUGGGCUCAGAGUAAGGGAAGAUCAACAGCUGGGCUUUUACGUGGAAGGCCUGAAGUUGGUGCCCUGUCAGAACUAUGCCCAAAUUGAAAGGCUGAUGGAACAAGGAACAAAAAUAAGGACCACGGCUUCGACCAACAUGAAUGCCAGCAGCAGCCGGUCCCACCUGGUCAUCACCAUCCAGUUCAAGCAGGUUUUCCUAGAAAAAGACCUCACCAAACAAUCCAGCAUUAAUUUGGUGGACCUGGCAGGAAGUAAGAGGCAGAAAUCUUCAGGAUCUGAAGGAGACAGACCGAGGGAAGGAUCACGCGUUAACUUAAGUUUAACCAAUUUGGGAAAUGUUAUCAGUGCUCUGGCUGAUGCAGCCGUGGGGAAGAAGGUCUUGCACGUUCCAUACAGAGAUUCUGUUUUGACCAAACCGCUCCAGUCAGCUCUGGGCCGGAACAGCAGAACCGCUCUGAUUGCGGCCGUAAGUCCAGCUGACAUCUGCUAUGAGGAAACUUCAUCAACACUAAGAUACGCGGAAAGGGCUAAAAAGAUCCGGAACAAAGCAGUGGUCAACACCUGGACACUGAUGAGAGAGUCAAGGGCGGAGAACAGCAAGCUGCUGCCCAGAUGUAGACACUCCAUAAUGUCAGAGCCAGAGCCGUCAGCCUGUCUCCGGGCAGAGCCGCAGCUGGGGACUCCUGCUGAUCAGGCGACCUGGGCACACCUGCUGGAGCAGGCCCAGGAGCGGCAGAUGAUGACCUUCCCUCACCUUAAUGUCAACGAGGACCCACAGCUCACCGGGGUCCUCAAGUACUUCAUUCAACCUGGUUCAUGUGACGCCGGUCGGGCUGCCUCAGAUGCCAUCACGAUUCAAGGUUUGGGAAUUUCAGAUAAACACGCUUCCUUCACAAAUGCCGACGGUAAAGUGACGGUCACUCCACACAGCAAAUGCAAGGUUGCCGUUAACGGGGUGCCCAUCGCCACCAGGACAAAGCUGCAGCAUUUGGACCGCCUGAUUUUGGGAUCCAACAGCACCUACCUGUACGUGGGAUUUCCUUCGGAGCGGGGCAGUGAAGACCUGAGCAGGUUCGAUCACGACUUCUUCCAGUCGGAGAGGGCAGCCGCGGAGGGAGUCAGCGCAGACAAACUCGGUGCUGCGGACCGUGGAGACGGCAAGGCAGACCCCAGUGUCCUGGCUGCGUUCCAGGACUACAUCAAACUGAUGCCGCUGGUUGCAGAAGCAAAUCAAAUGAGUGAAGAGCUGAAGAAGGGACUUAACAUGGAAUUGAAGGUGAAGAAUUUGGCAUCAUCAGAUUCCAAGGGCUAUGACCUACAGAAGGAGGUCUUGGUGAAGGUGACCCACCACGGGACUCACGAGGUGUGGAUAUGGUCAAAAGCCAAGUUCAUCAAUAGGAAAUUCCUAAUGGAGGAACUUUACCAGCGCUUUCUAGAUGGAGAUAACAGCCCUGUGGCUCAAGAAGACGACCCUUUCUGGGAUCCUGUCGAGGUCGUCCACUUGGGCUCAGCUCACGUCUGGCUCCAGUCGCUGGCCUACUGCAUGAAGCUGGAGGAGCAAGUGGAGUUUCUGAACUGUGAUGGGCUGGAGGAGGCGGUGCUGCACAUCUGCAUAGCACCCUGCUCCCCGACAGGACAAACGCAUGGCGAGGAGGAUGUGGUUAUCGACCCUUUGGAGCUGCUAGGCAAGAGGAUGGAUUUUCAGAUUCACAUUGUCCGGUGUCUUGGUGUCAGCUGGAUGAAGGAAGAUGCAAAGCGGGGCAUUCAGAUAGGGUGCCAGCCUGCACCGCGGAACAGAGCCACACAUGUCAUCUGCCAUGUGGCCCCUGGGGGAGGCAGCCCAGUCUUCCUUCAAGUUUUAAAAAUGAGCUUAUCACAAAGUUUUCUUAAGUUUCUGUUUAACUUUAAGAUGACUAUUUCCGUUACAGAAUUGAACGACCUUCCAAACACUAUCUAUAUCAAACCUGUAUGGAGAAGUGUGAAUUCCACAAAUCGAAGAGGAGACUGUCAAUUUGCAGCCUUAACUGCAUCUCAGGAGUUUCUGAAUUAUCUGGAGACAAACGCCCUUUACUGUUUACCUAUGGGGCCUUCAAGGCACCUUGCUCACCAACUUCUCACACGACACUGGAGCUGGGCGACUGGGAUGCUUCUUUCUUUGCCUGUGUCUCUCCCCACUACAGAAGGCUGCACCGAGCUGAGCUGCUCUCAGCUGGGCGUCAUGGUCACAGGUGAAGGCCACAUCCUGGUAGACACCAAGAAAAUUUCCACUGUGAAGGAUCCAAGCCAGGCAGCCUCAGACCAGAUACCAGAACCUUAUCUGAAGCUGCUCAAGCUAGAGCAGGAGACAGAGCUGCUCAGGAACAUCAACAGAGCCCUGAGAGAGGAGAACGUGCUUCUCAAAGAAUCACUUGCGAAAACUGCUUCUGGGCAAGCCCAGAAGCCUUCCGACACUCUGAAGGUCAGCGGGAUGACUGCGCAACUGCCCUCUGCCAGGGAGACGAGUCAAAUGUGCACACAGCAAGCCGGCUCCGACCGAGAACUCGCCCAGGCUCUGAAGGUGUUCUACCAAAGCAUGAACGCGGCAAGAGGGCAGCUUUUCAGACUGAGACGGUAUAAACCUCCUGAAGAUGAUCAAAUGCUUCGACCAUUCGUAAACCAACGGUCACAGAUGUUUAAGGAUUUGGGGGAUCUACUUGAAUCCAGCUUGUGGAAACUGAAAAAGGAUGUUGCUCUUAUAGUGAAAAAGAAGAGAGAAUAUUUACUGCAUGUCAAGUAGUGAAGACACACCAACUAAAAACUGAAGAUAUUCAAGCUUCAAGUUGUGAAGAUGAUUUGUGUAGCUAACAAGCUUACCUCAUUUCCCACUUACUUUACCUAUUUCUUCUACCAGUUUUAAGCAAAACCUUCUUUCCAUGUGAUUGUAAAUCAUCUCUGUAACCUAAAGGCUGCUUGAAUGGCCCUCCGUUCCUGACGCAUAGAGGGGAACCACACACACUGGGGUCUAUUUGAGGUUGGAGGGUGGGAGGAGGGAGAGGGCGAAUGAUUAGCACUCGGAGCUCUGGGAUCAGACUGCCGAGGUGAAAUCCCGGUUGAGUCCAUCACUUACUAACUGCAGGAUUUGGGGCCACUGACUUUCCCUCUCUAAGCCCCUCUUUCCUCAUUUGUUUUACGGGAAGGAUAACAGUAUUUAUUGCAAAUGGUUAAUGAACGUAAAGCACUUAGAACAGUGCCUGAAACACAGACGUGAUUGAUAAGCAUUCACCAUUAAUAUUUUUAUGGUAAACAGUUCAAAACUUCAAAUGAAGCUCUUUUAUCUAUAUUGCUUGCUGUCAGACCUACAGACAAUGGUUAUUUCAUGUCUCUCAUUUUGUAUCUUGCUCUGAGCAAGUUUGAAUUCUACCUCUACUUAUUAUUCUCUUCUCAUAAGUUUAUCUGAAAUACUGUUAUGUUCGAUUUUUUCAGCAGCAGGAGUGCCCGUAUGAUGGGACCUUUUCAGUGUAGGGUCUGCGGUUCAAGGAUUAUAACUGUUAGUGAAAGCUCUGUUAGGAGUUAGUCUAUCUUGAAGCCAAUCUUGAUUCCACAAAUUGACUGAUGGGUGUUAGUCAAGGAUAUGAUAACAAGCUCAACACCACUGAUCAUUAGAGAAAUGCAAACCCAAACCACAAUGACACCCUCUCACACCAGUCAGAAUGGCUAUUA